CACAACAACUAUUCUGAUAUAGAAUUAAAAAACAUUUUUAGAACAACACACCUGUAAAUAAUUACAAUGCAAAUGUAUUGAAAAUGAAACAAAGUUCACCAACUAGAAAGAACUUCAAAGAAAAAAUAGUUAUAUUCUACGACUCUGUGUUUCAGGGUGAAGAUGUGUCUGCAAUUAGUCCAAACAUAUGGAAUGAGAUUUUCCUCUUGAAAGUGAAUGUUCCGUAUUUAGAAGAAUUAUUACGCUGUUUGGAGCCAGAUGAUUUAUUGAAAUUAAAGGGGAAUAUCAAUGAGUUGUUUUCAAGAUGCUGUCUUACUUUGAAAGAAGAUCAUCAAAUCAAGAUUGUGAAUGCUCUGCAGACUUUAUGUACUGUUAUGAAAUGUGUGUUUGAGAAGAAGUUUUCAGACUUUGGCUAUGAUGUUAUCAAUAUAUUAGUGGGAUUCGAUGAAGCUGAAAUUGGAAUGCAGAGAUUGAUAGAUUGUCUGAGUGGAUUUCUGGUUGGUGAUUACUCAGUCAGUCUAAAGAACCUGGUGCUGAAAUUGCUUCUUAUUAUUACAACAGCAGUGGAUAAUGUCAGUAGCAACACCUUAUUAGAAUAUUUGAUGAUGAACAGUGUAUUUGAUACGAUUGUUCAGAUAUUAGCUGAUCCAGGACUAAGAUCUGACCAUGGUCAUGAAGCCAUCUUGUUGUUAUGCAUAUUAGUGAAUUACAGAAAAAAUGAAAUGCAAAAUCCCUACCUGAUAAAACUUUCAAUUCUCGACAACGAAUUAGCUUUGAACGGAUUAGGUUUGGUGAUUUCUGAUAUUCUCUCAAGCUGCAACAGAAAGUUUGCAUUGCGAAAAUCUAAAGAAAUUCCAUCUGGUGGCUUAUUUACGACAUUCACUAGUUUUGUUGGUAGUAUGUUCGUGCAAAGCGAAGCAGACGCUCCUUCUACUGUGAGCUCGGAUAACGAUGCAAUCUUGCUUGCGUUGUAUGAAGCUGUGUUAACCAACAGAAAUUUUUUCACCGUUCUCAGCCACGUCAUGAGUCACGAUAAAGAGGCAGAGCAUGCGCAUAAACACCUUGUUAUUGAACGAACAGUGUCAGCUGGCGAAGAAUCUCUGCAAGAAGAAGAAAACAUCGACCAAAUACAGUCCGGUAACCUGAUGGCUACGUUUUUACGAUUUUCCUCGAUCUCGAUACAAGACACGAAACAUGAAUCUGGUGCACAUACAGCUCGUCUGUGUUUAAUUAUAUUGAAUUGCAUUGUGGAGGAUCAAUAUGCAAAUGCGUUCCUUCACGACAACAAUUUGACAUUUUCUGUUCCAAUAUAUAAGCUGAAUUUGUAUCACAGAAAAGUCGGUCUGGAAGUCCCAAGCUCAAGACCUCUAGCAUGUGUCUUGCUAGAUUUAAUGGUAGAAUUUACCAUCACGCAUAUGAUGAAAACAUUUCCAAUCGAUUUAUACAAGCGCUGUAUCGGGAUUAUACACAGGUGUUUAUGCUAUCAAAAGAGGUGUCGAAUACGCUUGCAGUACUGCUGGAAAGACCUAUGGACGGCACUUAUGAAUUUACUUAAAUAUAUCAUAUCUAACGAAAACCUCUUCAUACCGAAAUAUAAUGUCUUAGAUUUGGCUGUCCAGGUAGUCAGCAUCUUUAAUUUAUUUAUUACUUAUGGCGACACAUUUCUUCCGACGCCCACUUCAUAUGAUGAACUCUACUACGAAGUAAUUCGUGUCCAUCAAAUAUUCGACAACUUGUAUUCCUUAGCCUUACGCUAUAUAUCCAGCGAUAAUGAGUUGAAAACAUCAGCAAACAAAUUAAGUAGCUCGUUGGUUAAUGUCAGAGCUAUAAUUCACCACUUCGCACCAAAAAUCGACACUUACACUCAAAAACAUAACAAAUCAUCUCUAACAGAAGACGAGGUCUUAGAAGUCAUUCGAGGAAAUUACGAAACUCUGACCUUAAAGUUAAUGGAAGGUUUGGAUUCUUAUUCAAAAUACUCGGAACAGCCGAACGAGACUUCUUUUUUUACUCAACUGAUUCGUGGAAUAACAAACCGUGUUCGGCGCAACAUUCACGUCACCAACCUUCAACAGCUUAGCGUGCUACAAGAAUUUUCAACCAUCACGUGAUACCAUCACAUCAUCAAAUACAAGCAUGAGAAUCAUCAUUGGUGUUGCAUGACUUUCUCUGUUUUUCACUCACCAGAAAACCCGUUGUUUUAUAAUCGUGACUAUUAAUUGUUGAACAAAUGGUAGAAAGAAGGUGAUAUAGACUGGACAGUUGAACAAGUCUUAUUUGUAUGGAUGAGUGCGUGUGAGUUUGAAAGACAGUAUCAGCACUCACCUCGAUUUUUCUUCUAAUCAUUUUUCUGCGUUCACUUCAAACUAUAUUUUAGUACUUAACAAUAAUUUUUUUAUUUUUUUAAAAAAAAAACGUUAAAGGCACUGGAGAUGCAUUAUCAUCUUUUUGUUUAAUUUUUAAGGUCUCAAAUUUCGAAGUUUGAUCGAUUACUUUUGUUAUAUUAAUUGCGUUUAAAGUUAUUUUGGUAAACAAGGUAAUGAAUUCUAUACUUCUACGCUAAAACACAUGCUGGGAUUGUAAUAUAUGGGGAUUUAUUGUCUAAAUGAAAUAUAUAUAUAAAACAGAGAGUUGUUUUUC